AUGGAAAUUGAUUCUAUUUCUGAUGAUCAGUUAUCUAAAAGUCUGGCCAAAUAUUCUUUACUUCUAACUAAAUUAUCUACAUUAUCUCAGGUUAAUAAAUUAACAAAUAUAAUUAAACAUGACCAUAUAAAGAAGACCCAAAUAUUGAACGACUUCAUUCAUGACACUCAAAUUCAACAAAACAAACAAGUCAGAAAAAUCGAAUUAAAAAGAACUGAUCUAACAUCAUCUUUAGCCCAGUUUCAUAAUAUUUUGACUCCUUUGUCGGAAUCUAAUCAAGCUGCUAAAACAAUUCAUUCUGAUAUUUAUAAUAAUGAUAUAGAACACAAAUAUUUGGAAGAAACCUUAGCCUUUCUUGAAUCAACCAGAACUUUGAAAAAUAACAUCAAAUUAAUUGACUCUGCUCUCCAACAACACAAUUAUCUAGUAGCUGCAAAGGGGAUUUAUGAAGUCAACCAGUUACCCAAGAGUAUUUUAGAAUCUAAAUUUGCACAGGCAAUCAUUCCAACACCAGAUUUACCGUAUUCUGUACCAGAAUUACUCACAAUGUGGACAGAUCAAUUACGCGAUCUUUUUAAAGAAAAUUUCUCAAAAGCAAUGGUAAAUAAUGAUAUCCCAAUUCUAACCAAAUUUUUUCAAUUGUUCCCCCUAAUUAACGAACCAACAUUAGGUUUAAAUUUGUAUUCUAAAUAUAUAACUAGUAUGAUUGCUCAAGAAAAUCAAAAGUUUACUAUGGGAUCUAUGAAAUUAGAUUCAAGAUUUGACUUGAUUUUAUUGCAAUUAUUCAAAAUUGUAUCUACUAUUAUUAACGAACAUUCAAAGAUUAUAUCUAAAACUUAUGGGAUUAAAUAUAUGACAUACGUGAUGGAAAAAAUAGAGAUUGAAGUUGAAUUGCAAUGUUGUCUUGUAUGGAAUUAUUUCCAAGAAAAAAAACUAUCAAAUUUAUCGCAAUCUAAUAAUAGCCAAAAUGCUGAUAAUGACGAUACAAACAAUGAUAAUGAAAAUGGUGUGAUUAACAAAAAAGAUAUAAGCAAUAAUAAUAAUAAUAAUAAUAAUAAUAAUAAUAAUAAUAAUUUAUUAAAGCUCAAAUCAUUAAUCAAUGAAUUUUCAUGUUUUUUACAAAACUGGUCAAUGUACUGUAGAUUCUUUUCUGUAAGAUGGAAGGAAUUUUUAAAUUCUGAUUUAGAACCCAUUACAAAUUCUUCUGUUGAUAUAAAUAUGACUUUUAAGGAUCAUAAAACUGAAAGCAGCGAUAAUAGCUCUAUUGACACAGACAAUUCCAAAAAUAAAGAUACUAUCUUAUCAGUGGCGCCUCCGAUAUCUGAUGGUAGUUUCCUAAGAAGACUACAAAAAGAUAAGAGUAUUCAAUUAUUUCAAGAAAUAAGUUAUAACUAUCUACUAACAUCAUUCAAGAGAAGUAUUGAAUUGGAAGAAACACCAUCAUUGAACGAAUUAAUUGUAGAUGAUCCAAUAGUACAUGAAGACUUGUCCUCUUGGCCAAUAAGCUCUGUCUUAGAAGACUUAACACUAUUAUUAAGACAAACUUUGAUUAAUAGUGUCAACACAGGACAAUUCAAUAUCCUUGAAAAUUUAUUAACACAAUUACCUAAAUUUAUUCAAAAUGAAUUUCUUGUUAAGUUUCUUCAAAACAAAUUUAAGUAUUCACAAAAUAAAUUAUCAACAGGCUCAAUGAUAAAGUUAAAAAAAUAUCAGACUAAAUUAUUUCCACAGGAACAAGAUAAAGAAGGUAUUAAAUCACCAAGAUCAUCUGUUUCAAAACUUUAUAAUGGUCCAGAUAGUAUCGGUAUAUCAACUACUUCCAAUGUUUUACAUAACAACACUCCUAUGGCGACAUCAACUUCAACUACUGGAAAAUUUAACCUCAGGGGUGCAUUUGCUAAUAUCCAAUCGAAUUUACAAUCAGUUGUGGCUGUUGAAGAAGACAAUUCAGAAUCAAUAUUGGCAUUACAUCACUAUUUGAUAUACAUAAAUACAUCCUAUCUUGUUGUCUUAGCAAUGAGAAAAUUGUUAAUUCAAGAAAUUAUAGAGGAUAAUCCAAAAUUGUUAAUUGAUAAUUUCCCCUUCUAUGCGGAAGCUGAUAAAAUUAAAAAAUUACUUUUUAAUUGUGAAGAUAAAGUAGCUAUACAAGUGAAAAAAUUGCAAAAUUGGUCCAUUAAAUAUUUAUUCCAAACAGUAUGUCUUCCUAAGAUCAAACCUUUACUUGAUUCUCUAUUUGUUAAUACAUCACAAAACAAAUAUGUUUGUGGCAUUGAAAAUUUUGAAAAUAUGAGAGAUAUAAACACAUUUAUUAAGAAAUGGAAUCAAAUGAUGCAGCCAUACCAAAAUGUACUAUAUCAGCGAGCUUACACUGACUUAUUAGAAUUAAUUGUGAAUUUCCUAAAACAUUUACUUGAAAAGAAAUUAUGGAAUUUAAAAGUUAACGAAUUGGGGGCAAUAAAAUUGGAUAGAGAAUUGAGCCUCUUUAUAGAAGUGAUUUGUGGUACUCAUUAUUCUAUUAGAAACAGUUUUACUAAAUUAACCCAAAUAGUCCUAAUAUUAGGAUUUGAUGAUGAUGACUUCGAUGUCUUUUCAGGUGAUGUAAAGGAAGAAUUAGUUACAUCUAUUAAAUGGGUGUUAAGUCCUCAAGAACGUAUCCAAGCAAGAAACUUAAAGGUGGACAGGAGAAUAUAA